AUGCGGAGAGCGGCCGGGAGGGACAUGAGCCCGCCGGGCACCGCAGCCCAGCGCCUCCGGCGGCUGCUCCUGCUGCUGUUGCUCCAGGCCGGCCGCCCUGCGCAGGGGCAGCGGGCUGCAACAAAUAGUUCAGUCCCAGAUAUCUGUGCCACUUGCCAUGCUAACGCCAUGUGUCAGCAAAAAGAAGGCAAAAACGUCUGCAUCUGUAACUAUGGAUUUGUGGGUAAUGGGAGGACUCAUUGUCAAGAUAAAGAUGAAUGCCAGAUUGGAGCGAGUAAGAUCUGCGGCGAGCAUACAUCAUGUCACAAUACACAUGGAAGUUUUUACUGCAUUUGUCUUGAAGGAUACCAUCCCUCUAACAACAACAAGACAUUUAUCCCCAAUGAUGGCACGUAUUGUACAGAUAUAGAUGAGUGCCAGCUGUCAGGUCUGUGUGGUGUCGGGGGACAAUGUGUGAACACUGUUGGAAGCUACCACUGCUACUGUAUGGAAGGAUAUAGACCAGAAAAUGGAACAGAAUUUUUUCAUCCAUCUGGAAAUACUGUUUCAUGCAAAGAAAUUAGCUGUGGCUACCCUCUAGAGAUCACGCAUGGACACAUCAUAGGGAACUACACCUCUGUGCUGGGGAGUGAAGUUCAUUAUGAGUGUGAAGAAGGGUUUUACAGCGAAGGGGGAAACAUAUCUGUUUGCACCACUGUGGAUUGUGGGGUCCCACCUUCUGUCUUGAAUGCAUAUUCAGAUCCUGUAGGGACCACCACCUAUGGAAGUGAAGUUGCUUAUAAUUGCCUGCAUGGUUAUGUUAUUGAAAGUGGUAACCAGACUGCAGUUUGUAAUGCCAAAGGACAAUGGGAAGGUGCUGAUCUGGUGUGCAAAGAAAUAGACUGUGGCAGACCUUUGUGGAUUCCACACGCAGAAAUGAUCUGGGACAACUCCACAACUCUAGGAAGCAUGGUGUAUUAUAAAUGUAGUGAAGGAUUUCAUUUUAGUGGAGAGAAGAAUUUUUCACAAUGCACAAUAAUUCAGAAAUGGGAAAAUAUCACAGGUGUAUGUGAAGUAACAGAUUGUGGCAGACCUCCUUCAAUCCCCAACACAGACAUGAUUUGGAACAACAUUUCCCAGCUGGGGAGUGCAGUGCACUACCAAUGUAAAAAGGGAUUCCGCAGCAUAAGUGGGAGGAAUACGUCACGUUGUACUUAUAAUGGAUCCUGGGAAAUUCCAGCUCUAAUAUGUAUAGAAGUAGACUGUGGCAUUCCUCCACCAAUACAACAUGCUGAGCUAGUGUGGAAUCCCAGUUCGAGUCUUGGAAGUGUGGUGCAGUAUUCAUGUCAGAAGGGAUUUGAAUAUGCUGGUGGAAACAAUAUUUCAGUUUGCACAGAAGAAGGUGUUUGGGUAAAAAGCACUUUAACAUGCACAGUGAAGGCAGCCAUUGGAAAUGUGUCUAUAUUUAAUCAAACCUGUGUGAAGUGGAGAAGGAGCACUAGAGAAACCAACUUGAAGAUGGUGUAUUUGUUUCACAUACAGGCACAACAGGGAUACUGGGUGAAAUCCUCCCAUGAAAUGAUGAUGAACUUCACCACUGAGGAGGAGAACCCAGAGGUGUGUUUGCCUCUACACCUGGGUGUAAACUACACUGUGACUAUCACUGAGGCAUCUACCAAGGUUCUUUUACAAAUCCCCAUAAUGCUCCCAGCAAUGAAAGAGGAAUUGCUCAGCAAUGUGUCCAUAUUUAAUGAAACCUGUGUGAAGUGGCAGAGAAAAGUUGCAAGAGCUGGGACAAAGGAAACAUACACAUUUCGUAUAUUGGGACGAAGAUGGCACCAGAAGGAAUUCUCUCGUGAAAUGAUAUUUAACUUCACAACAGGUGAAGAGACUCCAGAGGUGUGUUUAGAGCUGAACUCUGAUGCUAACUACACGGUGAACAUUACUACAGCAUCCUCUAAGGGGACCUCAGCCCUAAUUACUAUAGCAAUUAAGACAGAGGUAAAGGAAGCCUUCAGUAAUCUGCUGAUACUUAAUGACACCUGCUUGAAAUGGAGGCGAAGAGUAAGGAGAGCUGGUAGGAAGGAAAUCUAUUCGUUUCACAUACAGGGUCAACGCUGGUAUCAGAAGGAGUUCUUUCAUGAAAUGGCCUUUAACCUCACCGCUUACGGACAGACUCCAGAGGUGUGUCUUGAUUUGCGCCCAGGCACCAAUUACACUGUGAAUAUUUCCAUGGCAGCUUUGGAUCUUUCUGUGCUAGUUUCCAUGACAACUCCAAUUAUUGAUCCUCCAUUCCCAGAAAUAGAGUUUGUUACCGUACACGGUCCUGCACCAGCACUCAGCCUACGAAAAGCAGAAGAUAGAAAUGGACCUAUCAGUUUUUAUCAAGUGAUUGUGCUUCCCUUGGCCUUGCAAAGCACAUUUACUUGUGAUUCCCUGGCUGCUGUGACUUUCUUUAGCAAUGCCACUGAUGCUGAGGGGUAUGUGGCAGCUGAAUUCCUCGCCGAGGAUGUUGCUGACAACAUGCUGAUCUCUCUUGGAGACAGACAUUACUAUGGGGCAUUCUAUAAUGCUCCCUUAAAGCAGGGGAAAGAUUACUGUGUGGUACUGAGAAUUAUAAGCCAAUGGAAUAAGAUGAGGACACAAUCUUGUGCAGUUUGGGCACAAAUUGAAGGUAAGGCUGAGGAAUGGUCUACAACAGCGGUUCUCAACCUGCGGCCCACGGGCGGCAUGUGA